AUGGACUGGCAGAGACGUGACAAAGCUCCCAGGCUGAGAGAGGAGCUGAGCUGCAUGCUGGUGGGCGAUGGAGCCGUGGGGAAGACCAGCAUGAUCAUCAGCUACGUCUUCAACGGGUACAACACAGACUACAGGCAGACGGCGUUUGAUGUUUUCACCGGUUUGGUUCAUGUGAAUGGAAUCCCAACUCGGAUCAAACUGAUCGACACAGCAGGACAGGAGGAGUUCGGCCACCUCCGCUCCCUGUGCUACGCCCACGUGGACGUCUUCAUCCUGUGCUUCAGCCUCGUCAACCCCGUGUCCUUCCACAACAUCACCUCCAAGUGGAUCCCGCAGAUCCGAGCCGGGAAUCCCACUUCUCCCAUCGUUCUGGUUGGAACUCAGUCCGAUCUUCGCCACAAUGCCGACGUCCUCAUCCGUCUGGCCCAGCGGAGCGCCACGCCGGUGCGCCUCAGACAAGCCAGACGUCUCGCACACAGGAUCAGAGCUCACGACUACGUGGAGUGUUCGGCUCUGACCCAACACAACCUCAAAGACGUGUUUGACUGCGCCGUGUUUGCUGCCAUCCAGCAUAAGCACAGUGGAGCUAAAUCCAGAAAGCUCAGCCUGCUUAAACGCUUGAAGUCCUUCUGCGAUUGUGGAUGGAGGAAGUUCUUCAGAUUCGUCUGAUGGGAAAGCAUCUCUCUGCAAAAUAUGGAUUGUGCACCAAAAGAACAGGACUUACAAGCUGCACUGAUGACCGGCUUCACUGAACUCAUUCCUUGACACGUUCUGCUCUUUGUAUGUUUACUGUCCUCAGUUUCACAUUUAGUUCAUCCCUGUUUGUAUUCAUAUUUGUGUGUGUGUGUGUGUUUUGUACGUUUGUAAAUGUUGUAAUAAAUGCACUACGCUGUAAGACACAUCUAA